AUGUCAUUUGCAAUGGCGCGAAAGGCUGGCGACUUCUUCCUCCACCUCCUGAUCAUAGCUUCGGCGUUUGUCCCUCAUGGCGAGGGUUAUCGAAACGCGAGCACGUUGCUGACUCGCCACAAGCACGACCAACAGGUGGGAAAGCUCAAGAGACGUGCCCAUGGAUCGUGUGUCCUCUGUGAUUCCUUUUCCUUACUCAGAUGCCCCUAUCCCCUCUUGCCCCUCUUGCCCCCCUCCCCACCCUGCCACCCGCCUUCCUCCCCCACAUGACCAACACGAACACUUCUGCGGCCAGCACUGCGCCGCCCCAGAACCGCAUGCAACCGAUCACACCCACCAGACUCACACGAGAAGAAAGGCGACAAGACGAAGCGGCCACAGAGGAGUCCGUUUUGGAGCAUGUGGUGGAUGUGCUGAUGAAUGGAAGUGCAGCGCUGGCGCAGCAGAGGGGCAUGAGCGGGUCCAAGUUCCCGGCAAAUGUCAUUCCGGGAUACAAAGAAUACGACCCCUGCUCAGACAGUGAGACAGAUAACCAGACAGACAGACAGACAACAUACCUGCAUCUCAAUGAUGACUAAUAGAAUGCAUGCUCUCUUGUGUGUGUUCUCUUGUUCAGUGUGCGACAUUGUGCAUCAUCCGUCGGGUGUGAUAGAGGUGUGGGCGAUCACGACCAUCCAGAAGCGGCUCCUCCCGCCCCUCAACUUCUCAGACGCCAUUGUGGGCGACACCAAGGCAGACAACCCAUCUGGGUGCUGCAUGGCCUGUGCGCAGACCGAGGGCUGUGAGGCCUUCAUCUUUGCACAGGGGGGCAACUGCCGGAUGGUCGCCGGCGACGCACUCCGUACGCUUGCUCCGAGGGGUGCGUUGCAUGCCGAGACCGACAAGCCUUACUGCCAUCCGUCGUAUACGUGGGAGUUUCCUUUCUACGUGCCAACCGCCGCCGAACAGGCUGUAGUGAAAGAUGUGCAUGUGGGGACGUUCAUACCUAGUAAGCGGCGGGCGGUGAGGGAUACAGCGGUGAUCCUAUCAACGCUCUCUGUGUAUUCAGUCCGUGGCCUUUUGGGGACCGAUGUUACCAAGAAUGUUGAGGGGAACUUCUUGCUCGACCGUGCACCGAACAAACACGGUCCCAGACAAUUAUGCCUCCCUGCGGGCUCUAAAGAGAAGAGCUCAGCGGCCUUUUCUCUGUCUUUCAGGGUUGCUGUGGCCUUUGUUUCCUGAUGAUUUCGUCUUCAUGUUUGAGGGGACCCUGGGUGCCGAUCGGAGCUGCACCCAGAUAGACGAGUACAUGGAUGUCGACCCGCAGGCCUGGAACGAACGAGUUGUCACCCACCAAGAGUAAGCAAGCUUUAGCAGCAGAGAAACCGAUGUUUCUUACCCCUUUGUCUUGACAGACACUUUGGUUCGCUUCAAGCCUUCAUGACGGCCAGCCUGUGCUACCGUUCUGACCGCAUUCCCAUCGACAUUAAAUGGUUCAGCUCUUACGACGCAUCGUAAGGGAGGGAGUCGGACACCAAGCCACCACCAACCCACCCAUUUGUGGAUGUGUGCUGAUGGCUUAUCUCUUUUGAUGCAGUGCCGAGGCGAUCAUAUCUGCCCGCACCCACAACUGCAUGCAGAUCAUCAACCCCUACGAGCCGGCCGAGUCGAACCCCUUCAGAGACGACCCCAAGGUUCUCGAGCAAUUCAAGAAGCUCGGGCACCUCAGUAAGUGACACGUGGGCCGAUCAGCCAUAGCUAGGAUGGAUGUCGCACGUCAAUCUGUGUGCGUGUCAGUGGGUGCCAAGAAGAUCGAAAUUCCGCCUUAUCACGGAUGGGAGGACAACAUGCUGUGUUUCGACAUCAAGUGGCCGCAGGCCAUGGACAUUUACUGGACCUUCUGGGGCCUCCUGCUGCCCUCCACGUGCCUCUCAUUCAACACGCCGCGAGAGCUGCCCGAACGAGAAUGGAAACACAUGGCCCUCUGCUCACGUACAGACAAAAAAGCAUCCUUGGUGCCACCGCACUAUUCAUCUAUCGGCCGCUGUUUUGUGUUGUGUGCAGGUGCCACGUUCCGCCCCGAUUUCUAUCUCCGUCAGAGAAUUCCGCCGUGCGAGGCCGUCAACGUCUGCACAGUGGGCACGGGAGACAUCUGCAAGAUGGAGAAGGAGAAGUGCGCCGUGCAGCCCUUGUCGGUGACGACCAUGGCCCGGAUGCCCGAGGUGCAACCACAGGCCAUGUGCAACAACUGGCACCACCACUUCCUCACCGACCCUGAGUUCGCCGCCAACGACCCCUCCCUCCCGCCAGACCAGCGCAUGCAGUACUGGGUUGUGGAGGUCUACAACGACCACUUUGCCGAGCGCAUUCGUGUCGAGAAGCCGGGCUGCUGCGCGACAGGAGUUGGUGCGCCGUGUAUGCACCCACUGGUGUCUCCUGAGGGAUUCUCUGCGCACCCGUCGAUCCUUCCUGUCUUGUGGGAGAGUAUCAAGGCCAGGCCGGCCAGCGCCGGACUGGCGGGGACACCAGGGGCUGGGAAUGUGACUGCGUUUGUGGAAAAGAGGCUUGACCCGCUUGUGCUGGAGUCUGGAGGCUCGCCUUCCCUCGAUCCCGCAUACUAUGAGAUGGGCAAGGACGGGGCAUAUCUCAAAUGCACUGGAGGUGGGUGAGACACGGAGGCGAAGAACAGGGACACGGGUAUGUAUGUACCAUGUCCCUCUCUUUGCCAAAACAGAUGAUCCGUUCUAUGAGGAUCCAGGUGGGCUGGGCAAUCCAUCAUGAGAAGCAUGUGUGUGGCCUGGCCUGGUGCCCGGUCACUCCGCGUGUCUCUCUUGCGUCAGAGCACAUGAUCCGUCGCUUCGAGAAGGGACCCGACAACGACACCAUAUCUUUCAUCGACAUCGUGGAGGACUCACUCAGGCAGCGGCUCCUGCCCUCUCUCAAGUGUGUGGAGAGCUGGGUCGACGACAUCAAACACUGCAAGCUGAAGCGGCCGACCUUCUGGCGCUGCUGCGACACCUACUACGGCAACCCCUGCGGAAACUACAGUGACGUCAACCCGGCACUACUUGCCAGCAUCCCUGAGGGGCCGCCACUGCCUUGCUACGACUGGAUGCACAGAUUCGCCAGAGGACGGAAGAACGGACAAGCGCAGAAAGACGUCUGGUGGGUGGUGGGACAUGGUUUGCAGAAAGGAUCUGAUCUGGCGACAUUCCUGUGCCCUGCAGGCUGAUCACAGCUCCGAUGGGAGACGAGGUGCCUUUCCGGAUGCCCAUAAAGGGGGCAGAGUACUAUGGCGGUUGCUGCCCCGUCGAAACCGGGCAGUCCUCGUCCGACAUUCGCAACUCAUGCGACAAGGACAACCCUUUCUUUGUCGACAUGAAGAGCGACAUCGUCCCAUUCUUCUUUGACAACUUCCCCAUUACAUCUGACAGCCUCUACUGCCGAGGUGAGGUGCACGCGUGGGGGACGGUCCACGAACCAUCCCAUCCCCACACCGUCGGGUUGUCUGUCAGAGGCGAUUGGUGCGUGGCGCGAGGUGGGUCGCUUGGAGGCGUGGAAGCUGAAUUGCGUCCAAGUGGGGGGCGCCUGUCGCAGCCACGUGUCGAACUCGACCGUGUGCAUGCUGAGCUGCGAGCAGAUCGAGGAUACGGAGGGCUGCAAUGCAUUCAACUUCUACAGCCCGGGGGGCGACCUUGCCAACAGCGACUGCUGCCUCCAGUCCUGCAGCGACCCCAAGAACCCCGUCAUCGCUGAGCUCAAGAACCUGGACCAACUGCGACAGUGGAAGAAAUACGUCAACCCGGAAGGUGAGGCAUCGGAUCGUGUGACGCUUGCAUGUGUCUCUUCCAUCGUUUGUGUGCAGUCAAAGGAGUUGAUAUCGGCCUGCAGACCUUCCGUAAGUGGCCAACAGAGACCACGCAGGCAGGCCUUCUCGUUCCCGCGCUCUGACUUUGUCGUGUCUCCGCAGCUGCUCCUGGGUGUUCCGCCAUCGCGCUGACGCACACGGACGCGGAGAGCGGCCCAUAUUGGCUGACAGCCGACAACACCCCCUUCCAGACCUACUGCGCCUUCGACAAGGCCCACGACCGGAUAUGGACACUCAUCCGGUCGGUGCGGCUUCAGGACUACACCAACCAGGGCGACAGCUUCCGCGGCCUGACCUUCAUGAAGGACUACUCCGGAAACUUGCCUGUCAUCCAGGGGGUGCCGUAUCGGACUCUCAUCAAUACCACACACGGGGAGCCUCCCGCAGACUCUUACGAUCUGCCCAAGCGUGAGCGAGACACAGGGAGGGGGACAGAGGAAAGGGUGGCUGGAGUUGGUUUUGUCCUGUCCAGAGAUACUUGGCGGGAUGGUUGAGGACGAGCACGCCACGUGGAGAUACUUCAUGGCCAGUUGCAACUUCGACACCUCACAGACGAGGGACUUCUUCACUGUGGCGCUCCAGGGCGAAACAAGCUUCCACCCCCUCUCAUUCGAGGGCAAGAACAAGUGCCAAAAGGUCGUCCAUUUCGACAUACGGGGAAAUACGUGUAGAGGUGAAGUGGAGAGCACAAAGGCAACAUCAACCCGGGUGGGUGUGAGGAGAUCCUGUUGGUGUCUUUGUUGUGCUGUCGCUCAACAGACAAGUGUUACCUGCCCUUCACGCAAGGCACCUCGAGCAAAUACGACCUGCACGUGGAGUCCUUCAAGGAGUACUCCCAGGGCAUCUGCCAGGCAUCAUCGGCGGCGCCUGCAUCCCUCAUCCACACCAUGGGCGGCCGCCCACCAAACGCGACAACAGCAGCAACGAGUGUCUUCGUGACACAGAGGGAGGAGAGAGAGGCAGAUGCAGAUGUGCCCGAAGAGCGCUCGACGAUCGCCCUGAACAAGCCUGCGAGGCUGAGCAGUGUAGGUGGCGACCGCGGGGCUGCCCUUGCUGUCGAUGGGAGGCCGGAGACAUGGUAACAGACGUACAGUGGAUGAAGUUGGUGUGUGAAUGAUGGUUUAUGAGUUGGUCGAUUGCUUUCUUCGCCGUUCAGUGCUCAGACUGAUCCGAUGGACCCGUUUCCAAACCCAUGGUGAGCACUGCGGUGACAAACCCAUACAUACAAGCCUACAUGGAUGAGUACCGUGCGGCUGCAGGCUCAUGGUUGACUUGGGAGAGGCCGUCGAGGUCACAUCCUUACUGCUCCUCAACACACAAGAUCAGGCCAAGCGGUGAGGGAGAUCUGGAGAGAUGUCGGAAGAUGGACGAAGACAGUCACACGCCAGCCACGCAUGGCUGCCUCUCUCUGUUUCAGCUACCGUCUUCCUGGCGCGACCGCGUUUGUCGGGUCAUCCGACCGAGACCCCCGCGAGAACACCGAAUGCGAGUCCACUCCCGCAGCCAUUGACCCCUCAUAUACACUCAGGUGUCCGGAUGGCACCAAAGGACAGUAUCUCUGGGUGGUGCGGGUGCCAGACCGGCUUGGACCCGACAAGGCCCGGCUGCCCGACACGGCCAUGAGUGUCUGUGAGGUCAUUGUCGAGGGCAAAACGGCCGCGCCGGAAAGGCAACCAGAAGAAGAAGAGAAGCCAGAAGGGCCGAAGAAGCCAGACCUGGGCCCGUUUGGGGAGGCAGGCGAGGGUGGAGGCACGCCAGUUUGGGGCAGCGCCGGGGGCAGUGUUGGUGCGUUGAACAAGCCUGCCCUGCAGAGCAGCACUGGUGAGGGCCAUCAGGCGUCUCUGGCGGUGGAUGGGAAGCCCGAAACAUGGUGGGAAUAGACACUAGGUGUCGACUGCUACUCUCUUUCCUUCCACUGUACAUGGUGUGUCUUGUUGUACGCUCUUUGUCUUUCAUGCAGCGCCCAGACAGAUCCCAAAGACACCUUUCCCAAUCCAUGGUCAGCUAUUCGCUUGGCAUUCAGGCGUCAGACCGUUAGACAUCACUGUACGCCCUCCUGUGUACACAGGCUGAUGGUUGACCUCGGGCAGGCAGCGGAAGUGACAACAGUGACGCUCACCAAUACACCGAGUCAAGAGACAUGGUCACGAUGGAUGGACAGCCACAUUGAGACAUGCAUCAAUAACAAUAAACCUCCCCUUCUCUUCUUGUCCCUUCGUCUCUUCCCAGAUACCGCCUCGUUGGCGUGACCGUCUUUGUCGGCUCGUCAAACAGGGAUCCCCGCCAGAACACCGAAUGCGAGUCCACUCCCUCGUCUCUCGACCCAUCCUACACACUCAAAUGCCCGGAGGACGCCAAGGGGCAGUAUCUGUGGGUGGUGCGGGUGCCAGACCGGCUGGGCGAGGCCAAGUCUCGCCAGCCCGACACGGCCAUGAGUGUGUGCGAGAUUAGGGUGGAUAGCAGGACUGCCGCAGAAGAAGAAGGGGCGAAGCGAGGGCUACCGACUACUCCUCCAGAGAAGGGAGGCGCCCCGACGGAAGAAGAGGAUGGUACGAAAACCACCAGCCAAUGCACGUGCCGUGUUCUGUGGGCUUGUGAAGAUGCUUGUGUGUCGUCUCUGCAGAGGGCGUGGUUCUGUCUGGUCACAAAGGCUAUGCGAAGGGGGCGUUGGAAGGGGACGAGGACAACUGGGGACGAUACGAGAGGAUCAACCCCCAAUUCGGCUGCAGCCACGACGACAAAUCCACCACCAACUUCUGGCUGGGGGAGAAAUGUGAGCAAACGACACAUUGGUCUCUCAACGGAGACAUCAAUGCUGGUCUGUUUGUGUUGUCAUGUGGUCAGAUCCGGAGAUGGAGAAGCACUGCGCGCCGCGUUUCUUCUACGAGCGUCGGGAGGGUCUUGGGUGCAAGGCCGACAUCCUGCGGGUGCUCGAUUGGCUGGAUCGGCUGCAGGAGUACCGGUCCUACAAUGAGAAUCUGUGCGAGGCCGAGUGCAGCCUCAACCCCAUGUGCAUGGCCUACUCUCUCAAGGUGGGGGACUCCGACACACCGAGACACCCACUCAUCCCUCCCACAUACCAUGUGUGUCAGGUUGACGCGAGCAACAGCAGCAGGGUCUUGUGUCGUCUGUGCAAGUUCACGAGCCCCGAACAUUUCAAUCGGGAGGACCACACCUUCGCCGGCCUCAAGAUGCGCCACCCCCCUGACUACCCCCACCCAUCACACCCGCCCGUCCCAUGCGCACCGCCGGACGGCUGCUUCGUCCAGGCCCAGCGGUCCGAGGGCGGCCCGGGGAAAGCCUGCGACCACAAGAUGGCCCCUUCGGUGAGGGAGGCAGACGGCAUCAGCGAGCAGGUGGCCGUGCAUCUCGUCGACGUGGCCUCCAUGAACAGACACGUCAAGAACACACACGACCCCAUUGUUGACAUACUCUGCAGGUGGUCGAUUCGACGGAUGAGACAUGGAUAUAUAUGUACCAUUGGAUGGUCUGUCUGAGUGCCUCAGGAUGCGCAUGGUUCGGAUGCAGCAGCUGCUGGGCAAGACGGUUCGCUGCUAUGAGGUCUUCUUCGACUACCCCGGACACACACCAGACAGCGGCCUGCUCACCAUCGAGUGCAGACUCUACUCGUCAUCGGGAAUAAUGGAGGCUGGCGGCAACUUCAGGGCGGCUCAGGUGAUCUAUGGGCUCUGCCCCGCACCCACCGAGAGAGAGAUUGCCGACGAAGAGGAAGAAGAGAAAGAGGGAGAGGAAGUCAAAUCGGGAGGCGCAAACACGACAAUCCCGACCACCGAGACACCAUCGAUGGUGCCGAAUGGGACAGCUUUGGCCGAUGUGUUCAGCCACAGUGCUGCUUUUGGUGCUGCUGGCCAGGCAGUGUAUGGCUCAUGGGCAGACGUGGGGUAUAGGGAUAUAAUGUGGCGUGAAGAGCAGCCGUCGGUGCGUCGAAAGAGAAAGAGGAACUAUGGUUUGGCGCGAGAAAGGCUGAAGUUCCGCAGGCGAUAG